CCCUCGCGGCGCGCCACGGCGGCAGGAGCAUGGCGGGCACUGACUUGCGGGCGGCUCUGGAGCAGCGGCUCCGUGCCCUGGACAUCCGCACCGAGAUCGUGGAGCACCCCGAGGUGUUUACAGUUGAAGAAAUGAUGCCUCAUGUCCAGCAUUUGAAAGGAGCACACAGUAAGAACUUAUUUCUUAAAGAUAAAAAGAAAAAAAGCCACUGGCUGGUGACAGUACUUCAUGACAGACAAAUUAAUUUAAAUGAUCUUGCUAAGCAGUUGGGUGUUGGAAGUGGAAAUCUGCGGUUUGCUGAUGAAACAGCGAUGCUAGAAAAACUGAAAGUUGGCCAAGGUUGUGCCACACCCCUGGCACUCUUCUGUGAUGAUGGAGAUGUGAAAUUUGUUCUGGAUUCUGCUUUUCUGGAAGGUGGACAUGAAAAAGUCUACUUUCAUCCAAUGACCAAUGCUGCAACCAUGGGAUUAAGCCCUCAAGACUUUCUCACAUUUGUGAAGAAUACAGGACAUGAUCCCAUAAUACUAAAUUUUGAUAAAAACAACUAAGCUGACUUUAGAAUAAAUUGAUUUCUGA